ACAUGGCAACAAAACAUUUAUCAGGUCCUAAUUGGACAAAGUGUUUUUGAUAGAAAAAUGCUUUUUUUCAUAUCAAUUAUUCUUUGUGGGUAUGUUGUUGUUCUCUAAUAAUCAUUUAAAAUUAUCUUGUUCAAAUCUACUGAAUAUAUCUAUUUUUAUAUUUUACUACAAAAUGUAGGGCAACAAAUUCUUUAUUUUUCUAAAACAUAUAUGGGUAUACGCUUACAAUUCGGAAAGAACGGGAUAAUGAACUUCCAGUAGUUGAUUGACGGCAGAAGCAAAUACAUGCGGAAUAGGAAAAUAUUUAAAAUUUGAUACAUAAAAGCUUAGUAAAAACGGUAUUUGAUACCAUACAUCGCUUAAGACAAUCUCUGCUAUUAAUUGCUGAGAUUCAGAUUAAUAUACAUGUAAAUAGACGAUGGACCGUAUUCAAGACCUGUCAGCCUUCCAAGGCGCGAUUUUAUCUGCUGAUAAUUUCCAUUCCUUUUCAAAGUUGAUUUCAAGAGGAGGAAAUGAGGAAAAAGUGAAAUAUGUUCUGGAGAAACUUUCCAAAUUCUUGAAUGACAAAAACUAUAUUGAUGAGAAUGGAGUGGUCCUAGAAAGACGGGAUGAAUAUAGAAAACUAGCACUAUACAUUGCUUUAAAUGCAGACCUUCCAAUUCUGGAAGAGAUGACUGAAAUGGAAGGCAUGCAGAUGGUUAUUUGGAUGAUCCCCACUGUGCCCAAGUAUCUUUUAUAUGAGAUAUUCUUUAAUCUCCACAUGCAGCAAUUUCUAUAUGAAAUAAUAGCAUUUUCCAACCCUCAUCUGGCCUUGCAAAUAGCGGAUGCAUUUAUUGUCAACAUGAAGUAUUUAAACCCUGUGGAUCAGCUUGACAGGGCCCGCAUAGUUGCAGCAGCUCUUUACAGAUUGAUAUGUAGACUGCAUUUUUAUCAUGAUGGUAGUGAUGGAGAUUUGCUAACAGAUGCCUUAAAUAACUUCCAACUGUGUAUCAAUAAGUUCACAAACCCUCCUAAUGCAGACAAGGUUCUGAAUAUGCCCAAAGAUGAUCAAUACAAAUACUUAGGAAGAAGCCUUAGUAUCAUGCUGAACCUGAUUGAGGAAUGUAUGCUACAGUUCACUAGUAAGCAAGAGUUUGAAGCUGAAGGAUUUAAUGAAAUUUAUCUGGGUACACACCAUCCUGAAAGUAUUGCAACAAAAACAUUGAAUUUCAAAAUCUGUGAUAGCCCAAAUGAUGCAAUAUUGCAGUGCCUAAAUAAAUGCCAUGCAUUAUUGCUGGACGACUGCACAACUCAAGUCAUGAGUGUCAGUGUUGACAUAUUCUGUGCUUGGAGUGAAUAUGAAGAAAAUGGGAAAAGCAUACAGCAAAGCAUUGGAGAGCUCUGCUUUAAACUUCGCACAAUACUCCAAGGCAUUCCUAGCAUUUCUGAACAUACUCUUGUUGGUAUGUUAAAACAGAUAUCCAGAGAACCUUUAAAUCACAAAGAUAUCAUUAAUGAAACUGAUAUUGAAGUUAUUGUAGAGAAAAUCAAUGCUCAUGAUGAAGAAAGUCCUUCUUGGCUAAGUGCACUGCUGUAUAAAGAUGAUUUGUGCCAAAAUUUAACACUACUGCUUCUUCUUGAAUCAAACAUAACACUUUUAAAAGAGGAACAAAGUCAAAACUUAUUUGAAAAGAUCAUUGAUCAUCUGCAUGAUGACCAAGAAAACAGUGAAUAUUUAAAAGUUCUAGCCAUAAAAGCAUUCCAUCAAUGCAACAAUACUGUUAAAGAUGAAAUCAUCACAAACCAAUUCAGUGACAACCUGCAUGACAAAAUGGAAAAUGGAGAUUUCGCAACCAUGAUGACAGAGAUAUUCAAUAAGCUCACUGUCUCUGAUGAUGCAGAUCCAUCGGAUAUCUUGACAUUAUUCCUUCAGAACCCUAAGCAAACAUUUAUGAAAAUAUUUAAAUUAGCGGCAGAGAAUGAGAAACAGACUGAUAUUAUGUUAAGGGUUAUGGACAGUUUAGAAAAAUAUAACAAUUUUUACUACAGACAAGACACAGAACCAUGCAUCAUUAAAGUCAGUAAUCAUGUACUGGAGAGUUAUUUAGACACUGAUGUAAAGCAGAGUAAUUUUGUAAAUUUUAUCAGUAAGCUCAAGCAACGGAAUAUAAUUCCAGGGAAUAAAUUAUUAAUGUUAAUAAUAAUGCCAAAUUUGCACAAAGGGUUAAUAAACAGGCAUGUUAUUGGGAUGAAUGUGCAAAUAAAAUUGUUGAUGGCAGCUUAUACAAUUGAGGAGUUACUGGAAUUCAGGGCGCCAAUGUUGGCUAUGUUGGCCCAAGUCCUAGAAAUUGUAAGGUGGAAGUUUACUUCCUUUGAAGCAGCUAUGCCACCAACAUUGGAGUUGGCUUUGAGAUUACAGCAAGAGAUCUUUAAUACUUAUGAAGCUCAGAUACCUGAAAAAGAACUAAAGUGGCUAAAGAGCAAACUGAAGAAUUUGCAGCCUCUCAACAUGUACUACUACCGGAAGCUCUGGGACCCUCCUGGCAGCAGUUUCAUUGAGGUCAUCACUGGACUUCGCAUAAGAAAGGAGAUGGAUGUUGAUCAAAUCACCUCUAUGCUGUUACAAGUAUUAUGCUCCAUUACCUAUCAAGAGAUGUCAGAAAUAUAUGAUGGCUUGUCAGUAUUCGGAGAUGACACAACCCUGGAAAUACUACAAGAUGCUGUAUUACUGGUCACAGUAGCGGAGAAGUCAAAUAGGACAGACAUUUCGUGGGCAUGUCUACUCAACUGCUAUAGGAACUUCAUUAUUACUAUAAAGAACAAAUAUUUCAAGGAACCUCUCACCAACGAUCAAGUAAUGAAUGUCGUGCGAAAACUAGUAAGGAUUGUCAAUAUAGUUGACGAAAAAUACGUGAACGAAUUCGCAGCAAUUUUAAUGCCAUUGCUAUCUUACAUUGCUGAAAAAAGAAGUGAUUACUCCACAGACAUUGCCAAUUAUAUACAAGAGAAAGUGAAAAAGACACAAUUUUCUUCAAUACUCAAUCAAGUUUUCAUCAGCUCUACUGUAUAAUUUUUUCGUAUAAGACCUAAUUUUGAUGUUUACCACUUUGAGUAUUUGAUUCCCUUUUAGUGAUAUGUUACUCAUUUUUAUGUUUACGCUUUGAUUACAUUUUGAAGAACAAGUUUAAAUAACAAACUUUUGUGAGAUCAUAUUAAAUAUAUUAAACCGAGUUAGUCACCUAAUUUAAGUCGAAGAUUGCUUCAAUGGGAGACUGCGGGCUGCAUGCUCGACUGCUCGGCGCGAGCGGCACGGCGACGGUGCAGGGGAGGUGAGAAACUACCCUCGUUUUCGGCAUUAUUUUCAGAUGAUGGGUUUCACACAAACUACGUCAUUCGACCAUUUACCGAAUGACGGUUUAAUAUAUUUAAUAUGGAAAAACAAGUAUUAAAAAUAAAUACAUGUUAUUUUUUGUUAAGUUUGAUUCUUGUUUAAAGCUGUGAAAACAUUGUGCUUGAGUGCAUAAUAUAAAUAUGAUAUACAUUUUAGACUUUUAUGUAGACAAGACAAGGUUUUUGGGUUUUUAUAUAUUUUUUUAAACUUCGAGAACAAGGUAUUACCGAAAUACCUAGAAUCUCAAGAGAUGAUUCAUCUGAUUUGAUAACUUAGAUUUGCGCUUGAUUGAAUAGGAGAGACUAGAUCAAAGAUCAGUACGUUAUUUUAUUUCCAGUCUUUCUUAUUCCUGACUGAUAUACAUGCAGUCUGGACAGUCAUCUUAUGAAUAAAAGUUUUUUAACGAUUUUGUUCGUAUUUAAUAUGAUUAGAUAUGAAUAAAUCUUGAAGAAAUGGA